AUGGAGAGCUACAAGGCUUUGUGUGGCGCCGUCAUUGACACGGACACAGGUCACACCCGGAGCGGGCUGGCCGGGGAUGAGCAGCCACGGUCAGUGGUGCCCAGUCAGGCAGGAGGCAGCCCCAUCCUUACCCACGGCUUGGUCACCAACUGGGACGGACUGGAGGAGCUGUGGCACCGCAUCCUCUACCAGGAGCUGCGCGUCUGCUCCGAGGAGGUGGCGGUGCUGGCCACGGACGCCCCCCUCUCCCCCUUGGCCAACCGGGAGAAGACAGCAGAGCUGCUUUUCAAGAGCUUCAGCGUGCGGGCCAUGCUGGUGCUGCCCCGCUCCCUCCUCAACACCUACUCCUAUGGCCGCACCACCGGUGUGGUGGUGGGCUCCGGCGCCGGCACCUCCUACGUGGCAGGGGUGCAGGAGGGCUACGUGCUGCCCCACACCACCUUCCGCCUGGAUGCGGCCGGGGACGCCAUC